GUUUUCUCAUCGAAAGAUCGAACCUUCGCAAAUGUUUCAUCAUGCUUUUCAAAAUGUUUGCUUAACAAACAUAUUGAUUGGUUUGUCCUAUGCAGCAAUAACUCAUGUUCCAAACACGAUCACAACAGAAAAUCGUUCAAAAGUUACGAUAACAAAUGAAAAACAAACAAUCCUUAACGACACACAUUCGUAUAACGUCAAAACUGUCAUGAUCUCCCUUUUUAUUGAAACUUUCAAAACAGGUUAUUAACGAUACUUAAAGCAAUCUAUUACCAGUUUCUUAUCGUAUUUAUUAGACGUAAUGUCAUUUAGUUUUGGUUGAUUGCAGAAAUGAAAGGAUGAUAGGUCGCUUGAGAGUUCCGCUGUGUUUCCUAAUGCGCCGCCCAUACAGCGAGCCUGUAGUAAAGUUUGAUUUAUUCACUUCCGAAAAAAUCAAGAAAAAUUGGUCGGUAAUCCCGUUACUACUACUGCAAACUUUCGUGAUCAUUGGCUUGCCUAUCCUGUGCUGUCACAGACUAUUUGUCACCACGAUCGAUGUUCAGAUUCCGCCGGGAAAUCGUCGUUUCGAGAUAACGUCUCCUCCAGGAUUUUUCGACCUACGAAAUCCUCGGAUUCUCAAGAUAAUCAAACGGCACAAGUUGAAGCCGGCGAUUCACUUGGACAAUCGGUACCGGUUAAUGAGAAACGAGCCUAUGCUGGACGCGGACGGAAAUGAAACCGAUCAAAUCGGCGAGGACGAAACUGCACCACCUAGCCCAGAGGAAACGCUAGCUAUAAUGGAAGAAAAGGGUCACGAUUAUUUUACCAUGCUUUUACCACGGCUAAAGGUUACGGAAUAGAAAACCUUGUAUCGCGUUCGAAUUAU